CUAUAGUCCUCUCAAAGCCCCUGCUUUAAAGUGUCUACUGAGAUAUCAACCAUUUGGCUUCAUGGGAGGAGGAAGUGAUAUUAAAAGAGAUAUUGAAGUAACAUGGAGCAUCAUUGAGAGUAAGGCAGGGGGAUUCCUCUUCCAAGUUAUCUUUUGGAUGGAAGAAUGCCCUUUUUCCAAUAGAAGAUGGUAAUCUUGGAGUAUCAUCAUGGAGAAGGGGAUGAGUUCAGCAGAAGUGCUGCCUUCCAAGUCCUCUCAACUUACUGCUGUUAAGGUGACAGCCAGAGAACUAGAAACAAAGCAGGCCCAUAAAGAGAAACGAGUAGGAUUUGUGCUUGUACAUGCAGGUGCAGGUUAUCACUCUGAAUCCAAAGCUAAAGAAUAUAAACACGUGUGCAAACGAGCCUGUCAGAAGGCGAUUGAAAAACUACAGGCUGGUGCUCUUGCAACUGAUGCAGUGACUGCAGCUCUUGUUGAACUAGAGGAUUCACCUUUUACAAAUGCAGGAAUGGGUUCUAACCUGAACCUUUUGGGCGAGAUUGAGUGUGAUGCUAGUAUAAUGGAUGGAAAGUCCUUAAACUUUGGAGCAGUUGGAGCAUUGAGUGGAAUCAAGAAUCCAGUUUCAGUUGCAAAUAGAUUGUUGUGUGAAGGGCAGAAAGGAAAACUCUCUGCUGGCAGAAUUCCUCCCUGCUUUUUAGUUGGAGAAGGAGCCUACAGAUGGGCAGUGGAUCAUGGAAUACCUUCGUGUCCUCCAAGUGUCAUGACUACAAGAUUUAGUUUAGCAGCUUUUAAGAGAAACAAGAGGAAGCUAGAGCUGGCAGAAAGGGUGGAAACAGAUCUCAUUCAACUAAAGAAAAGAAGACAAUCAAGUGAAAAGGAAAACGACUCAGGAACUUUGGAUACAGUCGGAGCAGUGGUUGUUGACCAAGAAGGAAAUGUUGCUGCUGCUGUCUCCAGUGGAGGUUUAGCCUUGAAGCAUCCUGGGAGAGUUGGUCAGGCCGCUCUGUAUGGAUGUGGCUGCUGGGCUGAAAACACUGGAGUUCAGAAUCCCUAUUCCACAGCUGUGAGUACCUCAGGCUGUGGAGAGCACCUUGUCCGGACCAUACUGGCCAGAGAAUGUUCACAUGCUUUGCAGGCAGAAGAUGCUCAUCAAGCUCUGUUAGAGACUAUGCAAAACAAGUUCAUCAGUUCACCUUUCCUAGCCAGUGAAGAUGGUGUGCUUGGAGGAGUGAUAGUUCUUCGAUCUUGUAGGUGUUCUACGGAGCCUGACUCUUUACAAGAUAAGCAGACCCUUCUAGUGGAGUUUCUAUGGAGCCACACAACUGAGAGCAUGUGUGUUGGGUAUAUGUCAGCCCAAGAUGGCAAAGCCAAGACUCACAUUUCAAGACUUCCCCCCGGAGCUGUGGCAGGACAGUCGGUGGCCAUUGAAGGAGGAGUGUGCCGCCUGGAGAGUCCAGCAAACUGAACCCCUCGGUUCAUUGGCUCAGUGUGAAGUGUCUGAAUGCCUUUUCCUGUAAUGAGCUUUUUUGUGUUUUAACAGAUGUUGAGUGUUUUAUCCUCCUCGUUUUAUAAUCCUUAUUGCAUCCACGUGCACCAUAACUUGAGACACAAGUGCUGCUGUAGUCUGUAAUCUUAGUGAUGUGUGAUUGUGUGCGCGCGUAUGUGUGAGGGUAUGUAUGUGAGCUAUUCCCCGGCCCCACCUAAGUAACAUAGGACUUCCUUUUCCCCAUGUGCAACUGGAGAGCAGGUAUGAUUUAAUGAAAUGGCAAAAUAUGGAUUUUCAUUGUUUACAAAACAAUCUAAAGAUGUGGGGGAAAACCUUUGAUUUAGAGCUGUAGCAACUGUCAUUCACGUCAUUAAUUGAAAAUUAAUUAACAGAACUCAGAUCUAGUUGCUAAAUGAUUCCGUGUAAUAGUGCUGCAUUUUAAAAAAAAUGAGCUUGUUUUUUGUAAUGGUUUAAGUGGAUCCAGUGGUGACUUAAACCCUGAUUUUCAUCCCUAAUACAGGGCAUUUUUAUUUAACAAAGAAUGGUUUCAGUGAAACAAUCUUGUGCAGAAUUAAGGCCAGACCUUUUUAAAACUAAUCUACAAUUAAGGUUGAACCUCUUUCCUCAAGCUUUUAUAAGCUUAUAUGUUGCAUAGCUUCAAGCUGUAUGUACUGUAUUAUGAAAAGAUACUGAAAGAUAGAGUACAGUAAUGCACAGUCUUUAUUUGUGUAUAAUGGAAUGUUAUUUACACUGUAACUGUAAAUAAGAAAACAAAGUUUAUGGAAAAAUUCAAUAUUAUCUUUGUUUCUUGUUUAAAUAUAUUUUUAAGAUAAAAGUACAAAAAUAAAGCAAGCAAAUUCCUCAAUGC